AUGCUUUACUCCGUAGUCCGCUUUCAAAAGGCACCACCUGUACCUCGUUUUUUCAAAGAAGGACUCACACUAGAUCACUUUCUUCUUCGAGCACAAGUCAUUUCACUUUAUCGACAGAUUGUCAGAUGCACCAAAGGCAUGGAUAAGUCCAAUGCCAAAGAGAUCAUUCAGUGGGCAAGAGCCGAUUUUGAACGACAUCGUCAUGAGACCAACAUUGACAAUAUCAAGUCACUGAUAUCCUCAGGGAAACAUCAAAUGCACACCCUUCAAAACUCUGUUUCUUUAGCUCAUGUCAGCAAGAAAUAA